AUGAGGGCCCUAAGGGAGGCCAAGAAGAGGGCCAAAGCAAUGGAAGUAGGUGGAACUGGAGGCAAGGUUAACGGUGUAAUAGGGGUGGAUGAGCUGAAACAAGGAAAGAGAAAGUCUAAAAAAUGCUUUUGUCCUGAAAACAUUUAUGCAAGUGUUAAUGAUGCAGGUGAGUGGGUAAUACGGUCAGCCGAACUAGAACAUGAUGGCCACCAACCUACCCCGACCAUGGCAAAUCUAGUGAAAGAGUACAUGAUGAAGAAUUACACUUCGUCUGUACGUAAGAAGCUAUUUAAUUACUACAAACAGGGUGUUCCUGUUAAGAAAAUACAUGGUUGCUUGUCUCAUGAAAAAGACAAACUCCCUAAUGUGAAGGACCUAGAGCACAAGGUAUACAAAGCUAAGAAGUUGAAAAUGGAAGGUGGCGAUGCCGUAGCGAUGAUGAAGUAUUUUGAGAAGAUGCAAGCCGACAACCAAAACUUUUAUCAUGCACAUCGAUUGGAUGAAGAAGGUCGGCUAAAUGAUGUGCUAUGGGUGGAUGCUAGGAGUCGUGCGGCCUACGAAGAUUUCGGUGAUGUGGUAUGUUUUGAUGCCACGUACUUGACCAACAACUACGACCUCCCUUAUGGAAACUUUGUUGGCGUGAAUCAUCAUGGUCAAUCAAUGCUCUUGGGAUGUGCCCUGGUAUCACGCAAAGAUUGUGACACCUAUUCUUGGGUGUUUACACAAUGGCUGGCAUGUAUGAGGAACCGGGCACCCUUGGGAUUUCUUAUUGACCAAGCAGCAGCAAUGAGAAGGCCGAUUGCAGAAAUCAUGCCAGCAACGCGCCAUAGAUGGUGCAUAUGGCACAUUAUGAGAAAGUUUCCUGAUAAGCUUGGGAAAUGCAAUUUUUAUGCUGAAUUCAAAAAUCUUCUUAAAGCUUUCAUUUAUGAAAGCUUCAUGGUUGAGGAAUUUGAGAGUCGGUGGCUUGAGUUUAUGAAGAAGUACGACCUAGAGGAAAAUGAAUGGUUAUGUGACCUGUUUGAAGAGCGUCACAUGUGGAUCCCGUCCUAUAUGAAGGAAUACUUUUGGGCUGGGAUGAAGACUACCCAACGUGUAGAAAGCAUCAACAGCUUUUUUGACGGUGUUGUGAACCGGAAGACUAAGUUGUAUGAGUUCCCAGAUAAGUACAGUAGGGCUAUGUCUAGGAGGGUGAAAGAUGAAAAUGAAGCUGAUACCAAAUCGACAAAAUAUGUGCGGCGAUUAGUCAGUGGGUUUAAGGUUGAGAAGGUCUUCUAG